AUGGCUGCGUCAGAGACUGUAGGUGUGAAGGUUGCGCUUGUGGCUCCGGGCGAGGCAAAGCCGCGAGAGGUGGGCAUCUGUGCCGGGAGGGUGGUCUUUGCUGACGAGCUGCGCGUCGGUCACGUCCCGGACGGCGCCUAUCUUCGCCUCUAUGGCUCCGUGACCGCCGUGGAUCUUGCCGCCGACAAAGCGUACGUCGAUGACGCCGUUACUCUCGCUACGCCUCUGCUAGAUGCCGACUCGGCUCUCAUUCCCGGUCGUCAGGUCGCGGCUCUUGGCUGCUGGCAGGACGGUGUGCUCGUCGCUCGCCUCGUUGUCUCAGCCGCUGAUCUCGAUCUCGCUCUUGUUCGCAGAGCCCGUGACGCACGUGAUGCCGUCUUUCCACAACCGUGGCAGUAG